AUGGUCAACGUUCCCCUGACGAAUGGCGCCGCGGACGGCAAGCGGGGAUCGAGCAGCACCAACGCCCACAGCAUCAUCGAGCAGCAGAAGAAGAACCCGUACGCGCCCCGCGCAUCGGACUUCCUCUCGAAUGUGUCCAACUUCAACAUCAUCGAGAGCACGCUACGAGAGGGCGAGCAGUUCGCCAACGCCUUCUUCGACACCAAGACCAAGAUCGCCAUCGCCAAGGCCCUCGAUGCGUUCGGUGUCGAGUACAUCGAGCUCACCUCGCCUGCCGCGUCCGAGCAGUCCCGCGCGGACUGCGAGGCCAUCUGCAAGCUCGGGCUCAAGGCCAAGAUCCUCACCCACAUCCGCUGCCACAUGGACGACGCGCGCAUCGCCGUCGAGACCGGUGUUGAUGGUGUCGACGUCGUCAUCGGCACCUCCUCCUUCCUCCGCGAGUUCUCGCACGGCAAGGACAUGGCCUACAUCACCAAGACCGCGAUCGAGGUCAUCAACUACGUGAAGAGCAAGGGGAUCGAGGUCCGCUUCUCCAGCGAGGACUCUUUCCGCUCCGACCUCGUCGACCUGCUUUCUAUCUACCAGACCGUUGACAAGAUCGGCGUCAACCGCGUCGGCAUCGCCGAUACCGUAGGUUGCGCGAACCCGCGCCAGGUCUACGAUCUCGUGCGCACCCUGCGUGGUGUUGUCGGCUGUGAUAUCGAGAUUCACCUGCACAACGAUACCGGUAUGGCGAUCGCUAAUGCGUACACUGCGCUCGAGGCCGGUGCGACGCAUAUCGACACUUCCGUGCUUGGCAUAGGCGAGCGCGUUGGUAUCACCCCCCUUGGCGGUCUCGUCGCCUGCUUGUACGCGGCGAACCCGGAGUAUGUGAAGGCGAAGUACAAUCUCCCAAUGCUGCGCGAGAUUGAGAACCUGGUCGCGGAGGCGGUCGAGGUCAACGUGCCGUUCAUGAACCCGAUCACCGGCUAUUGUGCCUUCACGCACAAGGCCGGCAUCCACGCGAAGGCUAUCCUCAACAACCCGAGCACUUACGAGAUCCUUAAGCCUGAGGACUUCGGUUUGACGAGAUACGUGUCGAUUGGCCAUCGCUUGACCGGUUGGAAUGCCGUCAAGUCGCGCGUCGAGCAGCUCGGCCUCAAGCUGAACGACGACCAAAUCAAGGAUGCGACCGCCAAGAUCAAGGAGCUCGCAGACGUUCGCACCCAAUCCAUGGACGACGUCGACUCCUUGCUUCGCGUUUACCACUCCGGUAUCCAGUCCGGUGAGCUCGAGGUCGGCCAGCACGAGGCUCUCGAUCGGUUGUUGCGCAGGCACAGGGACGAGGCGGCGGGACGGGCGACUAGCCCAAGCAGGGAACGGGCAGACUAA